GAGGGCCGCUGUUUGCCUGCCCUUAACCUAUGAUGUUAUAUCAAGGCCUAGCCCUGCAUGGAAUCGAAAACGACAGUGGUUGUAUUUAAUAGCCUCUGUGUGGUGGCGGCGCUUGGCCCUACAACCUCAUGUACAUCGCACCACGAAGAAGAAGAUUCGUCUCCGCUGCAGCAACAGACGAAGAAGAACGUCCGUCUCCAUUUUUCAUCAGUUUGUUAAAGCCAUCGACGACCUGAACGACAGCCCUCUGCGAUAUUGAUAGCGAGCUCAAAGAACAAGCAAGAUAAGAUACUGACUGCAGACAUGUGGGGUGGGCCAGGGCCAGGGCAAGGACCACGGGGAGGACCCCCUUUCCGUGGUGAUCAUCGUGGAGGAAUGUUUGGGGGCAGAGAUCGUCCCGUGCCUGAUUUUAGAGGAAGAGAUGGGGUUAACAUGGGGACCAUGGGUCAUAUGGGCCCAAGACCUCUAAAUCUACCACCUAUGGACAUGAGAAGGAUGGAUGGGCCACCCAUGAGGGGUCGUGAUAUGGACCCACGGGAUAUUCGAGGUAGAGAGCCAAACAGAGAUUUAUUCAGACCUGGGGAAGAGCAAGACUUCAACCUUAGAAGGCAUUAUGAAAUUGCCAUUAGAGACAAACUGAUGAAUUCUUCUGGUUUCCCAGGACCAGCCAGGAACUCAGUAGACAUGGGAGGGAGGGGUAUGUCACCACGGGACCCGCACAGCAAAUUUAUGGACAUGAGAGACAGAGAGUCAAUACAUUUCAACAUGCCACGGUUCAAUAAUCCCAAUAUUGAUGGAAGAAGAGGGUUUCCCAUGGACCGAAUGGAGCAAAAUGAUGGAUUUAGGGACAUGCGUGACCGGCCCCCAGUGGGCAUUGGUGAUGGUGAUCGUUAUGAUAUGGACUUACCUCCACGUGAAAGGAGAAUGAUGGACACUGACAGAAGAGGAGGGCCACCUUUCAAUCCAAGAGGCGGGUUUGAUUCUGAUAUGGAUUUCAGAAAUCGUCCUGGACCAUCAGCUGAAUUUAGAGGUAGAGAUCGAUCACCUUUAAGACUUGGAAACAGUGAUGUCCCUCCAGUGGACAGGGUGAGGUCAGACAUGCCUUCAGAAGUUGCUGGCCCUCAAAGAUCACAGUUUAUGGGUGCAGAAGGCACUCUGAGAGAGAGAGACUAUCCAGAUUCAAGUGACAGUACCCUUAUGGAUUAUCGGAGUGGAGAAGAGAUGACUCUUGCAGAAGAAUGGAAGAACCGUCGAAAGGACAAAACCCCUUUUUUAAACAUGGGUAAAGGUAUGGGAGGCGUACCUGAACCCAGCUUCCCCAUAGGUUUUGGCAGAGAUGCGAAUGUUAGAGAUCCGUCACCGUUUCAGGAAAGGAAUAGGCCAUCUGUUGAGUUCCCAAGGAAAGAUGUCAGCUUUCCUCAUGGCGACCAUUUUCCUGCUAUUGACCUACCACCAAUUGGCAGCAAAGGUCCACAAGACCAUCCACCUCCAGAAAUAAGUCCCCUUACUGGCCCUCUCGUCAGUGAAAAUGAGAGUAAACAUUGGCUUGGAGAAAGGGACCCAAAGCAUAAUCAGAAUAAAUCACAAAGUGACGAAAGGCCCCCUUACCAUCCAGAGAAGAACCAGCCCGCACAUGAGAUUCAGGAGCCAAAUGACUGUUUUAAAGGGAUGAAAGACAUCCCGCACAAUCAAGGUGCUGUCAGGGGUAAGAUGGAGACAGAACGUGAUUUCCAAAGCAGCAGCACUGUACAAGCGAGAGAUCAAGACUACAGAGACAUUGAUUACAGAACAGGGUCGGGGAGGGCUUUUGAUUACAAAUGCGAGGACCUUCAACUUCCAGAGAAACUCAUAAAAGAGUCUAAACCAAUCACGCCUUCAAAAUUUAGUGAGUCUGGUUCUCAGGAUCAAGAUUACAGAAGUGCAUCAGUGGAGGAUAAGGUUUCCAACACAAUAUCCAUAAUCGGUAUUCCAAAGACUGCCACAAUGGAGCAGAUUCUUGGGGCCUUCGCAGUCCAUGAUGGUGUGCCAAUGCAGGGGAUGAAAAUCAAAAAUGUAGUGCCAGGUUACAGCUACGAUACGGCCUAUGUGGAGUUUUUAAACCUCGAGGAUGCAGUCCACUUCAUGGAGUCCAACAAGGGAUCCCUAAAGGUUGGCACUAGAACAGCUACCAUGAAAUUCAUCCAGCCAGACGAGCAUGAAAGAGUUCAUGAAUCAGAUCAGAAAGUACCUCAACUCCAGGAGCCUCAGUUGAACAGACCAGAAGAACCUUCAGAAGGGUUGAAGACUAACCUGAAUGGGCCCAAACCAAAAGCUCCUAUGGAGCCAUUGUCUCAAGGCCUGUGGCAGCGUAGCUCUGAUCUGACUCCAGAGGCAUGGCAGCAGCAGGUGGACCAACAGCUCCAACAGCAAGAAACCGAGCAGCAGGCAGAGUCUUGGGGCAACCACAACCUUUCUCAUCCCAGUUCACACCCAUCUGACUCAGUCUUUAAAGACAGUAAAACCAUGAUAAUAAAGAAUGUUAAGCCCACCACCACAGUAGAGACUAUCCUGAAAGCCUUGGAUCCCUUUGCAUAUCUGGAUGAGAGAAAUGUCCGCCUAGUCAAGGCCAAGCCACCUGGAGCAAAGUGCUUCUGUUUUGUUGACAUGGACUCCCAUGAGCAAGUGACACGUCUGGUUGAGCUCCUCACUAAACCCAGACCCCUUUAUAUUGAUGGAGUCAGAGUUUAUGCUGAGGUUGCAAAACCCCUGAAGAACCAAAAUUUCAGAAAAGAUUUGGAUAAACCAAACAGUUCUAUCCUUGGUUAUCCACCUGAGGCCAGCAUGAUGGGGCAGCAGAUCCCACAACCUCCACAAUACACACAACUUCUACAGCCACCUGCUGGUGCUCCCCCUGUAAUGCAAGGCGAUUUGUUGACUGGCACUAACCCCUCUCUGACAUCCGACCCCAGCAUUAGCCAGGGUGUUGGCUACUGUGAAACUCCAACAGUGGAUCCUUCAUGCCAUGCUGGUGGACCCCAUGUUCCCACAGAAUCAGAUGGGAUGACUGCCACCGCAGACGGAUUACAGGCCUACAUCUAUGGCUCUGAGACUCCAGACAUCUGCAACUACUUGUAUGAUGCCACGUCAGGCUUCUACUACGAUCCUGAGACAACACUGUACUAUGACCCUAACUCUAGGUAUUUCUACAAUGCUCAAACCCAGGAGUACAUGUACUGGGAUGCAGUGUCAAAGACCUACAUCCCAGUUCCAGGAGGGAACUCUGCAGAGACCCAACCUGUGACCAUGACCGCUGAAGACCAGGCCAUUCUUUCCAACCCAGCAGCAGAUGCUCCUCUGGAUAUGAAGAAACCAUCGGUGCUUCCCAACACCACACCAGCUCUUGCAGCAGGUCACAUGUCUGCUAUGGAGCCUGGCUCCACUUCUACAGCAACUCCUGAGAAGAAAGACGAUGACGACUCUGCUAAAAAGGACAAAGAGAAGGAUAACAAAGAGGAGAAGCCGAGAAGUCUUGCUGCUGUCAAGAUAAUGAAAGAUAUGGAGCGCUGGGCAAAGAUCCAGAAUCGUCAAAAGGAAAGUGUCCGUGCCCCAUCACCGGUGCUGAAGACUGGAAUGGACGAUGAUAAAAGGCAGUCUAAGUCGGCUGACGCUGGUUUUGCUAUCUUUGAGAGGAAGAUCUCAGGUGGAGAUGAUCUUUUUAAAAAGCCACUCGCUCCCCCUAAGAAAGAUGAAAAAUCAAAGCGUCCAAUGGGCUCCCUGGGUCUGCUGGCAUCAGACUAUGCAGCUGGAAGUGAUGAAGAGGUGGAAGAGGAAAAGGAGGAGGCAGCCAAAAGCAGUCAAGGCAGCCAGUCUGAAGACAAGGAUGACAAACUGACAGACUGGAAGAAGAUGGCCUGCCUGCUCUGUAGGAGACAGUUCCCCAACAAGGACGCACUGAUCCGCCACCAGCAGCUUUCUGACCUGCACAAACAAAAUAUGGAGAUCCACCUUAAGAUCAAGAGGUCAAAGAAGGAGUUAGAGGCACUAGAGAACCAGGAAAAAGAACUAAAUGCCAGAGAAGCAUCCAGAUCACCAGAACAGAAAAGAAGAAAACACCAUCACCAGCAGCCACAGCACCAUAAUAUCUGGGCUGGAAGCUCCAGGGAGAUUAAUAAAGUCAGUGAGAGGCCGGGUUUAGGGGCUGAACCUGUCCCGAGGAAAAAGAAAGAACCUGUCGUCUGGGAUCAUGCCACCUACAAACAAGCAGUACGCAAGGCCAUGUUUGCACGGUUCAAGGAACUUGAGUGAUCUCAUCUGAACACAUCCUCACUUUGAUAUGUGAAGUGUUAAUGAAAUGCUUGUCCACCUACGCAUGAAAAAUCCCUUGGACCGUCUUUACUGUUUCUCUGCCUUGGACAUUGUAGAGCCUCAAUUUUCUACACUGAGAUGAAGUGACAAAUGAUGUGGCCCUAAAACCACAUUAAAUGGGUAGGGUGGAGCUU